AUGCCCUAUCCUAAAAUCUCGAUAAGGUUUUGCACCAAAUGCAAGUGGAACCUUAGGAGCGCUUGGUAUCUUCAAGAGCUACUACAAACUUUCCAGUCCUCUCUAGGCGAAGUUUCCCUUAUUCCCGGGGAAUCAGGCGAGUUCCGUGUUCUUGGCUACAAAGAACACGACCAGCCAGAGGUUGUAAUAUGGGACCGCACUGUCGAUGGGGGCUUCCCGGACAGCAAGUACUUGAAGCAAAAGGUAAAACAGCUGCUUCUUGAUGCAGACGACCAAGACCAGCUCGGUGCUCACAUCACUAGAAAGGCGCAAACAAAGAGCUUGGUAGACAAAGCAGACUGUAGUUCUUCCGGCCAGUGUCUCGAUUGCGAGACCUGA